AUGUGGAGCGAUUCGAAGACGGUGCUAGCCUGGAUCAACUCUGACCAUCGAAAUUAUCGGCAGUUUGUUGCAUGUCGCAUCGGUGAAAUUUUGUCCAAAUCGGACGUGGAACAAUGGCGGUGGGUACCAACAAAGGAGAAUCCAGCAGAUCUGGCGACAAAGUGGGGAAGAGGUCCCUGCUUAUCUCCUAAUAGUCAGUGGUUCAGAGGACCGAACUUUCUGCGUACACCCGAAAGCGAAUGGCCCGCAGGACUAAAACCAACGGAACAGAAAACGACCGAAGAGCUGCGAGCAUGUAUGGUGCAUACGGACGCAACAGUGAGUCUGGUGGUGGAUUGGGCGCGUUUCUCCAACUGGACCCGUUUAGUGCGAGCUGUAGCUUAUGUGCUUCGAUUUUGUCGGAAUGUGCUGCGAAGAGUGAAGAAGGAUCAGCUAGGAAUGGGGCUGCUGACGCAGCAAGAACUAGCGCAAGCAGAGAUCAACAUUUUCCGGAUGGUGCAAAGGGAGCAGUAUCCAGAUGAGGUUGCAGUGCUUUCCAAGGAGCUGCAGGAGAAUAGUAUGAAAGGUGGUAGGCUGGAACGAACGAGUAAGAUUCGGACGCUAUCGCCAUACAUGGAUGACGCUGGCGUGAUUCGGUCGGAGUCCCGGAUUUCCGCCGCUACCUUCGUUGCGUACGAUACGAGAUUCCCGAUCAUCCUACCGAAGGAGCACGAAGUCACCCGAUUGCUGCUACAAUGGUAUCAUCGGAGGUUUCUGCACGCCAAUGGGGAAACAAUAGUCCACGAAGUGAGGCAGCGAUUCCAUAUCUCUGCCCUUCGUGCAGCAGUUCGCAACAUAGCAAAGCUGUGUCAGAUGUGCAAGGUGAAGAAGGCGACCCCGGCAGUUCCACGAAUGGCUCCAUUCCCCGAGGCGAGACUAAAACCGUAUGAACGAUCUUUUUCGUACGUAGGGCUCGACUAUUUCGGCCCGAUAUCCUUUCGGGUAAAUCGUAGCACAGUGAAAAGAUGGAUAGCGCUAUUCACAUGCCUCACUACUCGUGCCGUGCAUCUGGAGGUGGCGCACUCACUCUCGACAGAAUCGUGCAAGCAAGCGAUACGCCGCUUCAUCGGGCGCAGGGGCGCUCCGGUAGAAAUACGCAGCGACAGAGGGACGAACUUUGUGGGGGCGAAUAACGAUUUGCGCAAGGAGAUGAUCGAGAUGGACCGACAGCUUGCAGAGACGUUCACCAACACGAAUACCAGAUGGGUGUUCAACCCACCAGCAGCGCCGCAUAUGGGUGGCGCGUGGGAGCGUUUGGUCAGAUAUGUCAAGACAGCGAUGGCGGCGAUACAAACGACCGAGAUCCCGAAAGAAGAAGCUCUGGCAACAUUUAUUGUAGAAGCAGAGAGCGUAGUCAACUCCAGGCCCUUGACGUUCAUUCCAUUAGAAACGGAGCAGCAAGAGGCACUGACGCCAAAUCAUUUUCUUUUGCUGAGCUCAACAGGUGUGAAACAACCUCCCAAGAUCCUGGUAGAGCCGAAGAUGGUAUGCAGAGGAAGCUGGGAGCUGUGUCGCUCCAUGGUAGAUCAGUUUUGGAGAAGAUGGAUCAGAGAGUAUCUGCCAACCAUUGCUCGACGAACGAAGUGGUUUGGAGAAGUGAGGCCGAUUGCCGUGGGAGAUUUGGUUGUCAUCGUAGAGGAGAAGGUUCGCAAUGGAUGGAUACGUGGAAGAGUUGUGAAAGUCAACGAAGGAACGGAUGGUAGAGUUCGUGAGGCCGAGAUACAGACGGCGACUGGGAUGAUGAAACGUCCGGUUGCCAAGAUAGCGCGACUGGACAUAGAAGAAAGCAAAGCUGGUCAGUAG